AUGAACCCCCGUUGCAUGUGCCCUUACCUCGUCUCUUCGUCUUUCUCUCUCCCUUUCACAGAGAAUCAAGACAACAACCUCUUUGUGAUGCGUCAAGGAGAUAGCAUCGAUAACUUCGAGCCACUCUGGCUAAUAGCUUCCGAGGUGUCUCAGCUCUCUCCGCGGUUAGUAUUGACCCUAGCUAGCGCCAUGUCUUCCAAAGACGUCCCUUCCAUUGAUACAUCUAAGCUCAAGGUUGCUAUUAAGUAUGGGUUGUGUGAGAUGUUGAACGCAGUGGCUAUAAUGCGUGAGCUUGCUCCUAAAGAUGGAAACUUUGACUUCAGGGUUUCGGAUCUUGAAGCUCUGUUUUCUGAGGGGAUGGUGGAUCAUAAUGUGGAUAUGGUUUCUAAAGAGUAUAAACUCUUUUGUUCAGAUGUCACAAUGGGAAGAGUCCGUAGAAGGUUGCAGAGAUCGUGUGAUUUGAGAAGAGAGGUCUCAAGUAAAGAUGGGUCUGUUGAAACUGGGGAGUAUGAGGUGGAGUAUGAGGUGGUUUUGAGUCACGGUCAAGCUGGAAUCAGGUUUAGUCAUGAUCAUGUUUUUAUUUUUAAGAACCUCAAAUUAAGAACCCACCAUUGAAGCUCAAAAAAUAGAUGUCUCUUAACUACAAAUUCUUAACCAUAAUUUGCUCAACUAUUUUCUUCUUUACUAGGUACCUGCAAGUGAAUUUGCAGAGGAUAUAACCGACUAAACUUCAGCAUAAAUGUUAGUUUAUUAAAUAGAUCAAAAUGAAUGUUAUAUGUUUAAUUUCCAUUUUUGUUUUGUAUAUAUUGAGCAAAUUCUCCCAAUAAUUUACAUGCCAAUAACUUAUAA